UGGCAAGCGACGAUCUACUUCCUGUUCGCUGUGUUGACAAAUGAAAGAGAGACAGCCAGAUGGAUUCAUAAUUUUACGAUAACUCCGAAACUAACCCGGUUUUAACUCUGGUUAGCUAUUUCAUGCCUUGACAGGCACCGUAGAAGGUAUUUAGUGAACCAGCCUUGCACAGGCAAUGGACGGGACUAGGCUGUUGUUCUUGUUGUUUGGGGUUUUGUUGGAGGUGUUUUGUGGUGUGUCGGCUAACAGAGGGGGAGCUCCUUCGUUAACUGAUGAAAUCCCAUUCAAAAUUAACUGGCCCGGGGCCGAAUUCACCCUGCCAACCUCAGGUGCCCUCUACAAAGAAGAUGACUUUGUCGUCAUGACUACAACAGAGAAGGAGAAAUACAAAUGUCUCCUGCCUUCCUUGUCAAAUGGAGAUGAUGAUGAUGACAAGGAGUACGCUGGUCCCACUCCAGGUGAUCUGCUGGACCCACUGUUCAAAGAGAGCAGCUGCUCCUACAGAAUUGAGUCAUACUGGACGUAUGAGGUGUGUCAUGGGAAACAUGUGAGACAAUACCAUGAGGAGAAGGAGACGGGACAGCAGAUCAAAGUUCAGGAGUACGUUUUGGGAAGCAUGACCAAGAAGACUGAGUCUUCAGCCACUUCAGGAACAGAGACUGCGGAGGUAGAGAAAGUCAAGGAGAUGGGUCCUAUGCCAGAAGCUCAGAAAGAGGUUCCCACUAAGAACGUGGAGGGCCAGCUGACUCCAUACUACCCGGUAUUGAUGGGCCACGGGACGGCGUGCGUCCUGAAACAGAACACACCUCGCUCCACCAACGUGCUGUAUGUCUGCCACCCCGAAGCCAAGAACGAGAUCCUCUCUAUCGCUGAGGUCACUACCUGCGAGUACGAAGUAGUGGUGCUGACCCCUCUGAUCUGUGCACACCCCAAAUACAGGUUCAAGUCGUCCCCAGUGAAUGCCAUCUUCUGCCAGGCCAUGUCUGGUUCUCCCCUGCGGCCUCACAGUCUCUCUCAGAUGGACCGGGAGCAGGAGGAGCUGCUGAAACCUCCCUUCACUGCCGCUGCUGCCCCAGAGAGAGAAAAGGAGAAUACGUCCCCGGUGAGAGAGGUGGCCUUCUCCUCUAUCCAUAAGCCCCUGGUGGUGGGCGGGCAGACCCAGGUUACCGUGGGAACCACCCACAUCUCCCGCCUGACCGACGAGCAGCUGAUCAAAGAGUUCCUGAGUGGCUCCUACUGUCUCCAUGGGGGAGUGGGAUGGUGGAAGUAUGAGUUCUGCUAUGGGAAGCAUGUACAUCAGUACCAUGACGAUAAGGAGCAGGGGAAGAACAUUGUGGUAGUGGGCAGUUGGAACGCUGAAGAACACCUGGAGUGGGCUCAGAAGAACGUGGCCCGAUCUUACCAGUUGAAAGACGACGGGGAGCAGAAAGUCAAAUUGGUGUCCCUCUUCUACGGCCAUGGGGACGUGUGUGACCUGACAGGGAAACCCAGACAGGUCAUCGUCAAGCUCAAGUGUAAGGAGUCUGAGUCUCCCCAUGCGGUCACUGUGUACAUGCUGGAGCCUCAGACCUGCCAGUACAUCCUUGGGGUUGAGUCUCCAGUUAUAUGCCAGAUCCUGGACACAGCUGAUGAGAAAGGCCUUCUAUCCGUCUCCAGCUAACAGCACGGACAGAGGAGGCUGGAGAGACGGAUAAAGGAGGGAUGAGCAGAAAUUAAAAAAGAAGCCGUUUUACUACGUUUAAAUUGAUGUGCACAUCUAGUAAAACUUCUUCUUUGUUCUAGAAACUAAAGGACAGGGAUUUAGGCAAAGACUGCCUGAAAUGGAAGACUGGAUGAACCAAGGCCCAUGGCACUGCUCAGGAGGUCCAGACAGACAUGGACAUGGAGAGGAGCGGAGGGAGAGUGUUGAUCCUGGAACGGACCCUGGAACCCAGGACCACAGUCCCUCUCUACCACCCUGGCUUAAACCUCCUCUAUGUACUGAACCAACCCCAUGCUGCAUCUAAAGCCUUAUGAUAAAGUGUGGAAAAACACAUUUGAUCUGAAUUGGAAAUCCAAUUCCAAAUGGGACAGAGCCUCACAAAAUGGGACCCUGUUCACUCCACAAGGCUCUAUGGCCUGGACUUCAAAUCUUCCUUGUACGCUUUAUCUUAGGGCAGGUUAGUUCUAGUGUGCUCUGGCCAAUAUGCCAGGACAGAACAACCAAUCAUUCAAACAGCAUCAUUAGGAGAACCCGCUUCCAUGUUGUACUUGGUUUUAUCCUCAACAUUUUUAAUUAACUGUAUUUAUUUGGGUUUCAUUUCAGUUGUACACAUUCUUUGUUUUGUAGAUACAGUAUCUUCUGACAGUCAGUUUGAAUUUUUAAAUGUGCAUACAAACAAUAACUUGGCAGAGUGAGAAUGUCUCAAUUCAGGAAGUAAACUGAAAUUCCAAUUGCUAUUUCCUCAUCGAAAGCAGUAAGGAAAAUUAGGAUUUGAAUUUCAGUUUACUUCCUGGAUUGAAAAGGAAUUGACCCCAACCCUGGUUGUUGUUACGUUACAGGGUGAGUGAGAGUAAUUUAUAAACUGACGUGCUGUGAAUUCAAUCCCUGGAUGUUAUUGACGAGCGCUGAUGAUUAACAUUGGUUAUGCACUGAAUUGGAUGUAAUUUCUGUGGAUUUCUAAAUCUGGUGUGUUCUGUGGUUUAAAUGAGGGAUACACUGAAAAAAGAAAUGAAAUUAUCAGAACAAAAAUGAAUAAAGUUGGGUUAAAAUGA